AAAAAAAAAAGCCACCGGCACUUGCUCAAAGCGUCGCACAGCAGGGAUGCAGUGUGACCCCACUGAAAUUUCUCAGCCCGGGCAGCCGCAUCGGAUGGUCAUAGCAACUGGGGACGGCUUCGGAUUCCAAUCCCGUGCUUGACGAACUUUCUGCCGCUCAAGCUUUUCGUUUCUCCGUUGACUAGAAAGGGCGUUAGAAGGACCAGCUCAGCAGCCCUAGGUUCUGCUCAUAAGCGAGCGUCGCCCAGAGCUAGACUUGCUGUUCGCACGCCCUCCCCCUCAACCGGCCGCAGAUUUCCGCGCUCUCGGCGCACGCCCUCUCCCGCCCGUCAACGGCAGGCAACGGCAGGCAACGGCAGGCAACUCACACAACGGCGCCAUGGCUGCCGCUUCAAAUUCCAUCAAGCUGCUCAGCGGCAACUCGCAUAUGCUGCUGGGCCGGCUGGUUGGCGACCGCCUUGGUAUCGAGAUUGCAAAGACUAUGAGCCUGAACUACUCAAAUCAAGAGACGAGCGUCACGAUCGGCGAGUCUGUCCGAGACGAGGAUGUUUUCAUCAUCCAGUCCACCAUGCCCGGCGACAUCAACGACGGGCUGAUGGAGCUGCUCAUUAUGACCCAUGCCUGCCGGACAGCAUCUGCUCGGAGGAUCACAUGUGUCCUACCGAACUUUCCCUACGCACGGCAGGACAAGAAGGACCGGUCUAGAGCCCCUAUCUCGGCCAAGCUGAUUGCGAACAUGAUUCAAACUGCGGGAUGCAACCACGUCAUUACCAUGGAUCUGCAUGCAUCUCAAAUCCAGGGUUUCUUCAACAUUCCGGUUGAUAACCUCUACGCUGAGCCAUCUGUCCUCCGAUGGAUCAGGGAGAACCUGCCAGUCGAGAAGUGUGUCAUCGUUUCGCCUGACGCCGGUGGAGCGAAGCGAGCGACUUCAAUUGCCGACCGGCUGGACCUUGGCUUCGCUCUCAUUCACAAGGAGCGCCCGCGACCGAACGUCGUAGGCCGGAUGGUCCUCGUCGGUGAUGUCAAAGACAAGAUUGCCAUCCUGGUCGACGACAUGGCAGACACCUGCGGCACCCUGAGCAAGGCCGCUCAGACGGUGAAGGAGCACGGAGCGGAAGAGGUGGUGGCAAUAGUGACUCACGGAAUUCUGAGCGGCGACGCCAUCGACAACCUGAAUAAGUCAUGCCUGUCUAAGGUGGUUGUCACCAAUACUGUUCCUCUGGGGAACAAGGUCGACCUUUGCCCCAAGCUUCGAGUCAUUGAUGUCUCAGCCACGAUUGCCGAGGCGAUCCGGAGAACACACAAUGGAGAGAGCGUCAGCCACCUCUUCACGCACGUUCCGGUGUAAGGUAGAAGCAGCGAUCACCGGGCAGUUUGCGGGGGAGGACAGUGAUGCUUGGCUGGGUGCCUUUCACUAAGUGCAAGUACCUUCCCGGUACCCAAGUGUCUGUCUUGUUUGAUGGAUAGAUGUCCGCCGUCUUUUUGGGAUACAUGAGGACGGCUUUUGUUUGCAUUGAUUUUUUAUUGUUGUUUACCUUAUGAAGGACAGAAACUCAAAAGGCUUAGCCGUCCCUCUGGUGUCGUUUGAGGGUGCACAUCAACCCUUUUACCUGUCUGUCGGAUUCUCAUGGCUCUCCAUGAAGCCUCGUGCAUGCCCAGGGUGCUUGGACUGACCGAAUACGAUACUUAAAUACAGGUAACCAACAAUGGAUAACUCAUUGGCAACUUUCCCCA